CGCCAUGCAGAUCGGACCAUAUCUUCCCGCACGUUCCGUCAGCGGGUCCGGCGUAUGGUCUCUGAGGAUUCCUGGGACGCAGAGUUUGAUCGCUGCGUCGAACCAACGAAGGUUUCGCAACGACCCCGCGUCCCGUCUUUCCUGCUGAUGACUCCGCACCGGUCGCAUUGUCACCAACCCCUUAUGAUGUCGGGGCGGGUAGUGCCGGAUACUCGGACUUCCCAGCAUAUAGCCAGAUUUUACAACGGCCUUAAGCCA